AACCUCUUAAUCUCCGAAUACCUUCAAACACAUUCACAGAGGCCCAAACCGCCCCGUCACACAACUCGCCUCACAUACAAGAGCCGACCCAACCCACCUAAUCACCGCCGAACCGCUCAGUAUUCGAUUUCACCCACCAACUGCCCCGCCGCGCCCACCACUACACCCCACCCAAGAUGUCCAACCCCGCCGCCAAACGCCUCUUCAAGGAAUACAAAGCGCUCUCCUCCGACCCGCCCGAGGGCAUAAACGCCGGCCCGGUGACCGAAGACGACAUGUUCCUGUGGGAAGCGCUGAUCCAGGGACCCGAGGGGACGCCAUUCGAAGGCGGCGUGUUCCCCGCCGAACUCAAGUUUCCGCGCGACUACCCGCUUGCGCCGCCCAAGAUGCGGUUUUUGACGGACAUGUGGCAUCCGAACGUAUACAACAGCGGCGAGGUCUGCAUCUCGAUCCUGCAUCCCCCGGGCGACGAUCCGCUGCACUACGAGCAAGCCUCCGAGCGCUGGUCGCCGAUCCAGAGCGUCGAGAAGAUCCUUAUCAGCGUGAUGAGCAUGCUUGCCGAGCCGAACGACGAGAGCCCGGCGAACAUCGACGCAGCCAAGAUGUGGAGGAAUGAGAAGGAGAAAUAUGAGACAAUUGUGCGGCAGAAUGUGAGGAAGAGCCUGGGGUUGUAAAUGGGUGAGAGACUGGGAUUUUGGUGCGGUCGGAGUUAUUUUGCGGCAUUGCAUGGGUGGUGUUUUGGAGUGAGUGUUUC